GUAACUGGCCGUAUGUUUUCAUUCAGAUGUUAAAUUGUUGUUAUUACUUUAAUAAAAAUAUGUAUAAAGUUUUUUACUCUUCUUAGUAAAUAAAAACCUCAGUUGAAAACAUUUAUUCACAUAGUUCCUCUCUUUUAAAAUUCAUUUGGAAUUUUUCUCUUUCACUCUAUACUUUUUUUCUUCUUUUACUGGGUAGUCUCUUUCAGUCCCAGAUCACAAGAGGGUCGAAAGUUCCUUGGCUUGGCUGCUGAAUAAUGCAGUCUUUUCUUCUUCUUUUUUUUUGCCAAAUGAGUCAAAAACGAUGAUUAACCAAGUUUCUUGUAUAGACUAUGCUUUCCAAAUAUGUUCAUAUAAACUAACCUAUCAGAUUUUUUUCUUUUGUAACAGUAAAAAUAAGGUUAUGAAGAUUUUUUUUUUCUUUCAAUUUUAAUCAUGUGCACAAUACAGUGGGUCUCUCUCUCUAUUUGGUACACAUAUACAUUACACAAUAGUAUUCUUAUCUGCAUUGUGUGGCAUAAUAAAAUAAAAUAAUAUAUAAAUUUGCAUUAUUCAAGUGGUGGUGUGGAAAAGGUCCCUUACCCACCUCUCUAGUCUCUGCACAUUGCACAGUCACUUCUCUUUCUCUUUUAUUUUCUUUAUUUAUUUUUAUUCACUUUUUUGACACUACAAAUUGGCAUCCUCUCCCUCUCAUUGUCCUUCAUUCUUAUUUCCAAACACACAGCUCUCUCUCUCUCUCUCUCUCUCUCUCUCUCUUGCUUCUUUGUUUCACAUCUCCCCCAAGUCUUUACAGUUUUUUCUUCUAUUCUCUUAAUUUUAAACUAUGGGAACUGUUGUGUAUCAACAAGGGUUUCAGUCUCAGCUUAAUGAGCCUAGGGCUUUAAGGCUUAGGCUUUCUUCACCUAAUCCUCACUUCUUUCAGCCCUUUGGUUUAGCUCUCAAGUCUCAUUCACUUGACUCCCCUAAUGCAGAGGACACACGGAACCUUAACGAUGACAAACCAGCUGCUACCCCAGGACCUGACUCGAGCGGCUGGAGGUUUCUCCAGUCUCUCUCCUCUGGCUCAUCCUCCUCCUCAAAGACGACGAGCUCUGAGAAAGAGAAGACUUAUGUUCAACGUCCGUCUUCAUGUAGGGCUCUAAGCGACCAGAGCUUAGCAUUGUGCACUGAGAAUCUCGGAAGCGAAUCUGGCUCUGAUGUUACAGACGUCGAUGAUUUGUUGUUCUCGCUUGACGUGCAGAACAAGAAUCUCGGGGAAACAACAACAACAACAACAGAGACAAGAGCGUUAAAAAGUAGGAAAGGGAAUGUGAGCCCUAGUGAUCUCCCACCUCCUUUGACCACUAUGAGAGGGUUUCAAAGCAUUCAAAUGAGACCACACCGUGAAAACGGAAGACUCGUCAUGACCGCCACAAACGAGGUGCCUCGUAACCGGUGCUUUCAAGCUGACCGGAGCAAUGGUCGUCUCCGUCUCUCUAUCUUGAAAGACUCAGACGAGAUUGUAGAGAACGAAGAAGAGACGAUUGAACCUGAAGAAACCGAAGAAUUAUACGAGGAGGAAAACGAAAAUGAAGAAGAAGAAGAAGAUGAUGAAGUGAUUGGCGUUGAGAAUGUUCAAAGAUCGAGAAGAUGCGCUGAAGGGAAUCAGGGAAACAGGGGACUGCUAAAUUGGGAAUCUUUUUGUGUUGCUACUUCCUAAAAAAAUAACAGAGAGAAACUUCUUUAAUUUGCUCUGUAUUUACAGUUUCACAAUUUUUUAUCCUGUGUUUUAA